UUGAUGCAAAAUUUCUGGAUGAUUGUCCAUCGAGGAUCUGGAUGAUUUUGUUUUGAGGCAAACAAAAUCCAUUAUAAAAAUAGUGAAAUUCAAUUUUUAAAUCAUCAUGAUCUAUAAUUUAUACAUUUUCGACAAAUACGGAACGCUUCUCUACUAUGGCGAAUGGAACCGGCUGAAACAAUCUGGAAUAACGAAAGAUGAGGAAGCCAAGCUGAUGUACGGAAUGCUGUUCUCGCUGAAAUCCUUCGUUAACAAAAUUUCGCCCAUCGACCCGAAGGAGGGCUUCCUGUACUACAAAACCAACAAGUAUGCACUGCACUUUGUAGAGGUGGCGUCCGGGUUGAAGUUCGUACUCAAUACGGACACGACAGCCAGCGGGAUCAAGGAGUUCCUGCUCCAGCUGUACAGUAAGAUAUGGGUUGAGUACGUGGUGAGGAAUCCGCUCUGGACUAUCGGGACUCCGGUAACAUCGGAACUGUUCAAAACGAAGCUGGAUGAGUUUGUGAAGCAGUCCCCACUGUUCGGACCCAAAGUGAUAUAAAUUCCGUUAAUAUAGCAAUUGAAGCAGUGUUUCACAA